GCCGCUCCACCUCCUCAACAGCAGCAGUGGAAGAUGUCGUCGGCGACGUCCGGCGAAUAUUGGCUUAUUUCGGUGCCCGGUGAGAAGGGAGCAAAUGAUGCGUGGGAUAAGCUCAAUCGAUCCACUGGAAAUACGUCGACCAACUCGAAAUAUUUGAUUCCUGAUUUGAAGGUCGGAACCUUGGAUCAACUCGUCGGAUUAUCGGAUGAUUUGAGCAAGUUGGACACCUCUGCUGAGGCAGUUAUUCGCAAACUUGUGCAAUAUUUCACCGAAGUUCUCGAGGAAGAUAAGAGCAAAAUUGCCGAGAAUUUGGUCAUUGGAAACAAGGACAUGAAGACGUACGUGACGAAAUUCCAAUGGGAAGGUGCCAAAUAUCCACUGAAACAAUCGUUGAAAGUGCUCAGCGAGAUUAUUGGCAAACAAAUCAGCCAGAUUGAUAACGAUUUGAAAGUCAAAUCGCUCACCUACAAUAAUUUGAAAAAUGCGUUGGCAUCGAUGGAUCGAAAGACUGUUGGAUCACUUCUCACCAAGGAUUUGGCAGAUUUGGUGAAGGCUGACGAUUUUGUACUCAAUUCUGAGUAUCUACAGACGGUCAUUGUUGUUGUCCCGAAAAUCUCAGUGAAAGAAUGGGAACAGAAAUACGCGACACUCUCGUCGAUGGUUGUUCCAGGAUCUUCAAAACUUUUGACAGAAGAAGGAGAACAUGCUCUGUAUACAGUAACCCUCUUCAAGAAGGUCAUCGAUGAGUUCAAGAAUACGGCACGCGAGAAUAAAUUCAUCGUUCGUGACUUUGUCUACGAUGAGGAGACUCUUAAAGCAGGAAGAACGGAACGCGACAAGUUGAUGGCCGAGAAGCAGAGACAAUACGCUCCACUAAUUCGUUGGCUUAAGAUCAAUUUCGGCGAGAUCUUCGCCGCCUACAUUCAUAUCAAGGCUCUCCGUGUAUUCGUCGAAUCGGUACUCCGCUACGGACUCCCAGUCAACUUCCAGGCUGCUGUCAUUGAACCGGCCAAGGGACAACAGAAGAAACUGAGACAAGAGUUGCACAAAUUGUAUAUUCAUUUGGAUGGAUCCGCCGCUGGUCCUAUUGAUACUUUGGAAGACUCGCCAGCUCUCAUGUCGCUGGGUGUGAACGAAUAUUAUCCAUACGUCUUCUUCAAGCUGAAUAUCGAUUUUUUGAACAAGUGAUGACGUCAUCUGGAUACCACCGAAUUUUGUACACACACAUUCCCCCCUCCAUCACCACCCAAGAACAAAAAUUUUUUUUUUUCGAAUUUCUUAUUUUUUUACCCCAAUUUUCCUGUGAUAGUCGCAAUUUUUCACUACACCCAAUUAAAAAAAAACAUUUUUCAAAAUUUUAUGACAAAAAAUAUAACGAUUUUUACAAGUUUUAGAAGUAGUAGAUUGGCCUAAAAUUUAGUGUAAUUUUAGAUGAAAUUUCACUUAUAUGCUCGCCUUCCCGUCUUUUUUUUGGAAUUUUUCCUUUAUUUUUUAGGGAUAAAUUCCGCGCCUUUACUCUUAUUAUGUAUGACAAACUACAACAUUCAGUCAGUCAGUCCCCCCUCACACACUCUCCGAUUUCUUUACAUUCCAAGAGAUAAAUGUAUUUUUUAUUGAUA